AUGUAUGCGAAAUGUGGGUGCAUGGAGAAUGCAUGCCUUCUGUUUGAUAGGCUCCCUCGAAGAGAUUUAAUCGCAUGGAAUGCUAUGAUCCACGGCUAUUUAAGGCACCGCCUCAUAUCGAAUGCAUAUGAACUCUUCACAGAGAUGCCCCAAAGAGAUGUUGUGUCAUGGUCCACAAUGAUAUCGGGUUAUUCGCAGAGUGGGUUUCACACUGAUGCGUUGAAACUGUACUUAGACAUGAGAAUUGUGGGGGUUGAAGUGAAUGAAAUCACAAUUGUUAGUGUGCUUUCUUCUUGCACUAAGUUGCAAGAAUUCAAUGAAGGGGAAAAGGUCCAUGCCCACAUGAUUAAGAGUGGAUUGAAGGGUCUGAACGCUAAGCUUAAAAAUGGGUUGGUCUAUUUGUAUGCAGGGUGUCGAAGAAUGGACUCUGCAUUGCAGCUUUUCAGAGAAUCCGAUCAAGAUGUGGUGGCUUGGUGUGCUCUGAUUGUGGGUUUUGCAAGGUCUGGUUUUGUCGACUUUUCUCGCCGGCUCUUUGAUAAAAUGCCUCAUAGAGAUGCCAUUGCUUGGGGUACCAUGAUAUCGAGUUACACUAAUUGUGAACGGCUCAAUGAAGCCUUAAAUCUCUUCAAAGAGUUGGAAUGCUCACAAAAAUCGAGCCUGAGGAGGCAUCCAUGGUGA